AAUUUUAUUUAGUUUAGUCGUUGACGGUGAUCUUGCUGGUGAAGAACGGAACGGAACCACUGAAAUAAAAUGGAUAACAUUGAUGAAGAUCUGACCCCCGAGCAGAUUGCUGUGCUCCAGAAGGCCUUCAACAGUUUUGAUCACCAAAAAACUGGCAGCAUUCCCACCGAAAUGGUUGCUGAUAUCCUCCGUUUGAUGGGUCAGCCCUUCGAUAAGAAAAUCUUGGAGGAACUUAUCGAUGAGGUCGAUGAGGACAAAUCUGGUCGUUUGGAAUUCGAGGAGUUUGUUCAAUUGGCUGCCAAAUUCAUUGUUGAGGAGGAUGAUGAAGCCAUGCAAAAGGAAUUGCGUGAAGCUUUCCGUUUGUACGAUAAACAGGGCAAUGGUUAUAUUCCCACCUCGUGUCUGCGUGAAAUUCUUCGUGAAUUGGAUGAUCAAUUGACCAAUGAGGAAUUGGAUAUCAUGAUUGAGGAAAUCGAUUCUGAUGGUUCCGGUACCGUGGACUUUGAUGAAUUCAUGGAGAUGAUGACUGGCGAAUAAACUUAACUCUGAACUAUGUAACAAAUAAAUGAGGCUUAAAACUAAUUAAAAUGAAAACUUAACAUAUUUUGUUCCAUGAGCAAUAAA